ACGGACGGAUCGCGCACAAUCACCAUCACGCCCACUCCGAGCGGUGAAGCUGACGAGGGCGCUGGUUCAAGCUCAGGAUCUGGAACAGAAUCUCCGAGAGCGCCGAUCCAGGGCACGCUGCGACUCAGGGGCACGGAUGCGAGACCGGGGAGAAGGGUGGUGUGGGAACAAGGCACUGUAGAUAAUGAGGGCAUGGGAAAGAAGAGCAGCAAAAUCUGCUGCAUAUAUCACAAGCCGCGUGCUUUUGACGAGUCCUCAUCAUCUGGCUCGUCCUCCGACUCUGAUGAUGAU